UGUUUUUGUGCUGAUUUGAGAAAUCAACAGUAUAAGCAGCAGCGAAUGCGCAACAAAAUUAUUACACUAUUUUGAAAAUCUAAGUCAAUUUUGUAAGGACUUUUAAAAAUAAAUUGCUUUUUAUCUACUAAACUCCUGCUCGUUGUCAACAGUUAUUUUCAAAUCCCUAAAUGCACGAAGAUUCCAGACAUGAAGACCGCCUAUCGAAUGUGUCAGAUGACGUGACAGACGAGACUUUCUCCAACUACUUUGACGACGAUCCCAUGGGGGCUGGAGUGUCAAUCUACGGCAUUUAUCAGCGGGUGAUAAGGUUUAUACGAAGAGCUUGGUCCGGGAGAACACAUGACACAAGUGAUGACAUUGAGAUGACAUUUGUGAGGUCUAAGCCUCAACGAAUCGAAGCUCUGUGUCGAAUUACAAAGUUUACUAAAAAUGAACUGAAGCUUAUAUAUCAAGGUUUCAAACAGGCCUGUCCAACUGGGAUUGUCAACGAAUCCACAUUCAAAGAUGUCUACGCACAGUUUUUUCCCCAAGGAGAUGCCAGUCAAUAUGCCCAUUAUGUAUUCAAAGCUUUCGAUCACGAUGGAAGUGGCACAAUUAAUUUUCAGGAGUUUGUUCUUGGGCUGUCAACAAUCUCAAGAGGAUCUCCAACAGAAAAACUACAAUGGACUUUUAAUUUGUACGAUAUUAAUGGGGAUGGUUGCAUCACGCGAGAAGAAAUGCGUGAAAUCAUCAGCUCCAUUUACAGUCUGCUUGGUCGAUUUACGGAACCUAUUGUUUCUGAAGAGGCCACUAAGGAUCACGCAGACAGAGUUUUCGACAAAUUGGAUCUUAAUAAAGAUGGUAUUGUUACUUUUGAUGAAUUCCUGGAAACAUGUCUUCACGAUGAAAACAUAACGAAGUCAUUAAGUCUUCUUGACACAGUGCUAUAAUAUGCCUCUUAAGGAGAUGUAAAAACAGUGUGUUAAAUAGAUUUUGAUACAAAACCCUUGUGAACUCCCAAGGAGAAAAGUAUAAACUAUGUAUAUUGGCCAUCUCUCCUCAAAAGAUAUACAAGUGCAGCCGUCCUUGAUGAAGUAAUUCAAGCCAUCAUUUAGUCUGCGUAAGGAUUUAUGAUUUCCAAGAGCCAUGCCAGACUAUUUUGAGGAUUGAAUGUUGUACGUAUAUGAAAAUAACGUAUCAUGAAAGAAGAUAUAUUUUACAUAUAUGAAGAUAUUUAUUCAAAUGUAUUCCAAACGCUGUUAGAAUCCUGCUCCAGUUUUUAGUUGGGAAGUUGUAGUUCAACCAAAGAAAGUCACGAUAAGGUGCAAACAAAGUUUAUUAUACAAAAGGCAGGGAUCAGAUUUAAAAUAUGCUUCAAUAUCAUUAAAUCUGAAUUUGAAAUUUAUCAAGACCAAUACGGUCGAAACAAUAAACUAUUUUAAUAUGAUAUAUUUAAUUUCAUCUGUGUAAAUUGAUUCUUAAUGUAUAAAUGUUGUUUCUACGAAAGAUGUAAUUGUUAAUCUCAUUAUGUGGAGUUUUAUUUGUUGUUAAAAUAAUUGCUUUUCCUAAAUGGCUUCUCUAAUGUUAAAUCUUUACUAAAACAAAUUAAACAAUGUUGAAAGUUGUGUGUGAUGUGCGUUUGUAAGAAGAAUGUGUUUUUUAAUCAGUUUUUCCAUUUGUAAUAAUUUGUCGACAGCUGUUUAAGCACAAUUCUGUGUUAUUGUGAGCAAAAUGGUCAAAGUAGAUGGAAUAGACUUCUUUUGUAAAUUGAAUGGUAUAUGUUGUUGAAGUCUUCCCAUUUUCUGGAAUUUUGUUUCCUCGUAAGAAAAAUAAAGUCUGAUUUUU